AUGUUGCUUCACAGCACACCGUUCGGUGCGAAAGGCCGAUCAAUCAAGCCCAAGCCGAGAGACGCAAAGCGCACAUCCACAAGCGGUGGAGUGGCGGGGAUAGAGUCGCAGGUUUUGGAUAUUGCCCUGGAGGGAAAAAAAGGCGGUGAUGUAGACGGAGAGGAGGAGAGAGAGAGGGGGUACUCCGCCUACACUCCGCCUACGUAA